GCUACUAAUCGACAUGGUCUCUAGUUGUUUUGUGUAGUGCUUGAACCCGUAAUCUCUGUUACACUGCAGCUGUAUCAAGUUUUGUGUUGAGAAGCAGAACUUUCAAAUAAUUGGGCUUAAAUCUCAAUAAAUUUACUCUGAUAUGUUAUGAAAUGGAAGGGAAUUACUUCGAUCUUGAUAUUCCUUUUGAAGCAAUGAACGCGCACCUCCUUGCACGCUUGGUUGAUUGUGGAUAUUACUAUGUGGCGGUCAGUCAGUCUGUAUCAGUAGAUGACUUCAAUUUCGAAGUUAAAUCAGACUCCACUACUAGGAAGAAAAACAAAGAAGAAAGACAAGCUAUGCGUCAGAACCUCACUGCUAAGUUAGAACCCCCUUCUUCAGAUGUUCUUCAAGCUUAUAUUAAUGAAAGUAGUAUGUUCAGAGCUUCCGUGUCGCCUUCUGCUAUAUCAUGUAAACCACGAAUAUUCACACGUUUGACUAUAUAUUGCAAUAAUGCUGAAAAUGCCGGUUUAUUCUUCCGUCAAUUUGAGGAUAAACUUGGUGCCUUCGAUGUUGUGAGUUUCUGUCCUACUUCCAAUAGCGCUUUUGCAUAUGCAUGUGAAAAGGCUGUGAACAUUGACCUUAUAUCUUUAGACCUUACAAAAUCAAGUGAAAUUCGACUGUUAAGUAAACAAUGCAAUUUGAUGAUGUCACGAGGUAUCCACUUAGAAUUCCAGCUUGCUCCAGUACUUCGAUCUUCCUCUGGAACCUAUAGCGCUCGUACAGUCUUAUCACAGUAUUUCAGCAGCUUACUCUGCAUAGCACGGAAGUCAUUUACAAAUAUGAUAGUCGUCAGUUCCGGGGCGUCAAGUGGGUGGGAAGUCCGUCGACCAGUGGCUGUAUCUGCAAUGCUUGGUUGUCUAGGUCUGCAACCUCAGGAGGCAACUCACUCUUGUCUUACCAAGGCGCCUUUUGCAGUAGUGACUCAUGGUCUUAUACGAAGCAAAACAGUACAUGGUGCAGCUGCACUGCUUAAACUUUUGUCUAUGCCAAAUGUAUCUUCUAUCGUUGUUAAACCUACUGUAAAUAAACAAACUACAGACGAAGCUAGUUGUGUAGAAGAUCAGUUACCUUGUAAGAAGAUAAAACUGACGCAGUAAUCCCUGUUUAUUAUUUUAUUACUUACAUAGGACGAAUAUUUCUUUAUGAGAGAAACACUGACAGAUUUUAUUCCAAAAAUAUCUUUCUUCUACUAAUUCCAUCAUUUUUCCAAAAUAAAUUAGGCACAGAUGUCAGUCGCUGAGAAGUAGGGUCGAAUAAUUCAAUACAUGUAAAUGUGGAA